GUGACUGCCGGCAUCUCAGCAUGCGCAAUUUUCGCCACCAUGAAUUUGGCCCUGGCCAUCCUUUCUUUCUACGGCACUUUUCGGGCUGAUCGCUUCAUGUGAAAAGCUCGGGCCACCCAGGCCGUUUGCCCCGAUUGGGCGUGCCCCUUUCAUUCUAAUUCUUCCGCCAAACCAAGCCGCAGACCCAAUAUGGGCCCGUUCUCUUUCCACUUGCUUUUCGUCAUCGCGUGGACCAGCACACCACCCACCACACUUAUAUCAGCCAUUCUGAUUUUCAACUUCCCAUUCCUCAUUCACUGCUCUCAUGUCCCGCCCAGUCUUCUCUGUUUUCGGUGCCACGGGCACUCAAGGCUCCAGCGUCAUCAACGCCAUUCUCGCCGAUGGUUCUUUCCAGGCUCGCGCCAUCACCCGCAAUCCGGCCUCGAGCGCAACGCAGGCACUGGUCAAACGCGGCGUGGAGGUCGUCCAGGGCGAUACGUGUGCCGACGUCCACACGCUGACCCAGGCGCUACGGGGCAGCAAAGCUGUGUUCCUCGUGACGGUUCUCGUAGCCUUCGGAGCGUCUCUCGACGAGAAGACCCAGGGAAUCAACGUCAUCGAGGCUGCGAAGAAGGCCGGUGUCGAGUUCCUCGUGUUCAGCUCCCUCCCAAGCGUCAUCGAAGCGUCGAAAGGAAAAUACACGGGAGUCGUGCACCACGAUCACAAGGCUGAGGUCGAAAAUUACCUCAAAACCGCCGGACUCGCGCACGCGUCCAUUCUUACCAGCACAUUUCUGGAAGACCUCUGGAUGUACGGUUGGCUGAAGAAGACGGAGUUGGGCUACGUGCUUUCCGCUUUUUACCCGCCAGCUGCAAAGGAGGCCUUUACCUGGGCCUGUCGCGACGUUGGCGUUGUCUCGCUUGCCUUGGCAAAAGCUUUCGCCAGCGGAAACACCAGUAUAGUCGGGAAAUCGUACCCGAUCGUCAAUGCCUGGACUACCCUCCCGCACUUUGGCGAGUUAAUCGGAAAAAAACUGGGAGCAUCUGUGAGAUUCAUACAAGCACCGCCGACUGGGGUCGAGUCUAUCGACGAGAUGUACGUUGCGCACGCAGAAUACGAGGGCCUGUUGGGGGGGACCCCCAUUCCGAAUCCAGAUUUGGUCGAGCUCGGUGUUCAGCUGGGAACGUUUGAGGAAUUCCUGGAGGAGGAAGUGAAGACUCGUUUCGCUGCUUGAAGUCAGGCAAUGUGACGUGGAAUCAUGCAUUGUCCUUCUUCCAUGACAAGUCUGAGUGUGUUGAGUGUUCAUACAAAAGAUGGAUCGACCAGCUGUAAUGGUAGAUGACCCAAUUCAAGUCUGUGUCUGCUUCCAGACAAGGAUUGGCAGCAACUGCGUUCCUUCUUCCAGCGCGUGUGGAUGCAUCUAGAGAUCAUUUUCACUAGAC